CCAGUUAUAGUUAAACAGUCCAGUCCAAUUCAGUCCACGAGCGUCUGAAGCUUGAUGAGGUCGCGUACUAUAUUCUGCUCCCUGCAAACAUUUCUGGGAUUAUGUUUUCGUGUUUGCCUCUCCUGAUUCUUUUCAGCAUAGCCUCUCAAUCAGAGCAUUUACAGGUGAUUGGUCCAGAAGCACCUCUUGCUGCUGUAGCUGGUGAAGAUCUGGUUCUGCCAUGUUUUAUCAAACACCGCACCAGUGCUGUGGACAUGACAGUAGAAUGGUUCAAACUAUAUGUAAAGGACUCGUUAGUGCAUCUCUAUAGGGAUCAUGAAGACAGAAAUGAAGAUCAGGCUCAGUCCUACAGAGGAAGAACAACACUGUUUAAAGAGGAGCUACAGAAAGGCAAUGCUUCACUCAAACUCUCAGAUAUCAGAGUCUCUGAUGAAGGAUCUUACAAGUGUCUUGUUGAGGACAAAUCCUGGUCUGAUGACAUCACUGUGAACGUCACUGUAGAGGCUCUGGGAAGCCGCCCAGUGAUCAGGAUAGACAGUUUUGAUAACGCAGGAGGGAUUAAUCUAGUGUGUGAGUCCAGAGGCUGGAAACCUGAACCUGAGGUUCUGUGGCUGGACAGAGAAGGAGUCACUCUGCCUGCUGAAGAUACACAGAUACACAGAGACACUGAGGGCUUCAGUGUGAAACGUCGCAUCACUGUUUAUGAUUCUAGCGACUCCAACAGGUUUUACUGCAGACUCCUUCAAGAACAUCACAUGAUGGGGGCAGAGGUUAUCAUUAAUAGUAAUAUCUUUGAUGCUUGGAGGUGGAUUGUCUGCAUUUCACUUUCAGCAUGCCUUGUUGCUGUUGGAUUGAUAAUAACUUUGUUUAUUUUGCACAAGAAAGGUAUGCAAAAGGAGAAGCAGUUCACAGAUUUUGUAAAGAAGAAGCUAUAUGCAGUGGAUGUGACUCUGGAUCCUGAUACAGCCCAUCCUAAUCUCAUCCUGUCUGAUGAUGGAAAAGAAGUGACAUGUGGAGACGAGUGUCAGGAUCUCCCUGAUACGCCACAGAGGUUUAAUGAAUGUGUUUAUGUUCUGGGAAAGCAGAGUUUCUCCUCAGGAAGGUUUUAUUAUGAGGUGCAGGUCCGACAGAAAACAGCAUGGAUAUUAGGAGUCAUGAGAGAAAACGUUAACAGAAAGGGGGAGAUUCCACUGAGGCUUCAGGAUGGAUUGUGGACUAUGGCUGUAUGGGAUGGGCAUCGAUACUGGGUUUUUGAGGAUCCCCCUGUCCCCCUCACACUGAGAAAGAAGUUGGAGGUAGUGGGGGUGUUUGUGGAUUAUGAGGAGGGUCUGGUCUCCUUUUAUAAUGUGAAGUCCAGCUCUCAUAUCUACUCUUUCACUGGUCAGUCUUUUGCUGCUAAACUCUACCCUUUCUUCAGUCCUCAGUCCAAUGAUGGAGGUAACAAUUUAGCACCACUGAUCAUCUCUCCUAUAAUUAAAGACUGAUUUUUCACCUCACAAAUGUAUUAAUCUGUUGAAUGAGAAUAAAAAUUAAUUUCACUUUUUCUGUUUAAUUUUAGAAAUGCAUGUUCCAAGUGCUGUACAGUUUAUUUUUAAUACGCUUUUUAUUGUUUGUUUGUUGCAAAUCAAAUAUUAAUAACAGUCCACACACAAAAAAUUUACUUUAAUAUGUAAUAUGAUCAGUAAAUUGUAUUAAGUUCAGCUGCUGAUGUCUGUUUAGAGAAAAUUGAACAAAACCGUGUUUCUUCUGAAAACAUCAAAUACAAAUACGGUAAUAAAGAAGAACGAAUAAAUGAAUGAUUGAAUCAUC